AGGCCCAGAGGGCUGGCUGAUUGCCUCCUUCACUGGUACCUAAGGCUGCUUGUGAGAAUCUAGUCCGUGGUACCUCCAAGUGCCCAGCAUUAGAUUAAAUGUUUAAAUGCACAAGAUGUUGAUCUGGGACCCAUGCUGGAUGUACUCCCCAUUCAGCCUCCAGUAGAAUGGCAGCCCUUUUGUGCUGGGUGAGGCUGCUUCCCUUGCUUGUCCUGCUCACCUUUUCCCCUGGGCACAACUUUGUCUUCAUCACAGAUGAAGAGGCUGCUUUAUUGGCUGAAGCAGCUCAGAACAUCUCCUGCUUUUCCCGAACCUUUGAGGAUCUCAUCUGUUUCUGGGAUGAACCAGCAGAUGCGAAACAGUCAUAUCGUUUCUUCUAUACAUAUAAAGGAGGAGAGAAAAGAGAAUGUACACUGACCUCAGUUGGACAUGUUGAUGGAGGCUUACGCCAUGCCUGCAACUUUUCCAAUGACCAUCAUAGCAUCAAGCUCUUCAGUGAACUCAGCAUUGAAGUAUUAGAAGUCAUUAGCAAUCACACCACUCGCACCCAGAAGCUCUUAGUAGAGACUGUUGGUCUCAUUGCUCCACCAACUAAUGUAACAGCUGAGUGGCUUGGGGUGGCACAACAGUUGCAUGUGAUGUGGAUUCCCCCGCCCAUUGCCUAUGCAAAUUUCUUAGCCUAUGAGGUUCUUUACCACAUCGAAAGCUCCAGAGACCUUCCAUCAAUGGUUGAAGUAAAAGAAAGUCACACCUGUUAUAUCAGGGAUCUGCUCCCUGGACAGAAGUACCAUAUCCGAGUUCGCACCAAGCCUGAUGGCACCUCUCUUGAUGGUUUCUGGGGACCCUGGUCUCCAGAAGUGUUAGCAGAGAUACCUCAUCUCCCUGGGUCAACCAUCUUCUUGAAUGUGGAAAUUGUUCUGUUGCUAUGUACAGGACUCAUGUUGGGCCUGGGCUGCAUCGGGCUACCCAUUUACAGCACCGUGAAGGAAAAGAUUUGGCCACCCAUACCAGACCUUCAUAAUGUAUUGGAUGGAGUCCUUGAUGACAAUGGUAAACAGCAGCAGGUGAAUCCUUUCUUCUGCAACAAAACUUUGGAAGAUACACCUUUGACUUGUCUGCUGGAAGUACUAUCUGAGAGGCCUGUGGAAACACAAAGCUAUGGCCCUCUUUUUGAGAGUAUUUCAGAGAGGGCAAUAUACUAUGCCAGCCUGAAUGGACCUGAGCCAGUGGCAUUUGGGGAGAGGGCUCCAAGCAACUAAAGACUGCUUUCAUCAUACUGAACUGCUGAUGUUUACAAGUUCCACCAGCUUCUCUACUCUGCACCUUACUUAUUGCAUAGCUCUUGAUUCAGAUGCAUACUAGAAAACUGGAGAGGGCACUACAGAUUAUAGAGCACACUUUGUAUUCUGACUCUUCUGAAGCUCCAAGCUGUUUUAGUACUAGGAGUCUUCCUCACAUGCCCCAUUCUCACAGCAGUUCCAACAGCAAGUAAAAAUAAAAUGGGAUCAUAUUGCUUUCAAGGCAGUCAUUGGAGAUUAUUUGACGAGGGAUGUCCCAUCCCUGUCCUGUUAUGUUCCUGUCGGGAUCACGCAAAAGGCUUUCAGAAGGGAUUCACACUUAUCCUGUCCAGGAAGCGUGAAUAACAGCGAUAGUGUGAAAUGCUUUCAGAUGAAGUCGUGCAGAUCCCAUCAUUAUCUCACCAUUAACCUGUCAUUAAAGCAACAUUGGCUUUCUUCCUGACUCUCCUUUAAGCUUGACUGCUUUAUGCCCUAUCCAGCAUGCCUUUAGGUUUUAUGGGGUGGGCUUCCCACUUUUUUGCACAGUUCUAGAGCUCUGCUACUGUGCUUGAAGUAAAAAAAAAGAAGAAGAAAGAAACAGAAAAAAUAAAGAUAGUCAGGUACAGGGAGAGGUAGGGGAGUCGGGGGAGGAGGGAACACUGACACCACAUUUUUUACAACCACGCAACUGCUCCCGGAGUAAUGUUGUAUGCCUAGGGACUUGCAUACUUGCCAAAUGAAAAGAAAGGGAGGAAAGGAGGAAAAAAGGUAAGAAACAGAAAGCAUAUAACUAAAAUGCACUUCUGCAAUGCAGUUUGUGUUACCUACUUUUUUCUCCUUUACCUUUUCUCAGUGUUUUAUAUUUUAAAUUCCUCACAAAAUCUUCUUGUAAACACUGUCUGCUACUUACAGAAGAGCCCAGUGAGAGUAAGGUAUUACCUAGGGAUUUCUAUGGAGACCCAUUUCUCAGAUACCUCCUAAAAUAAGAGGAGUUCUAGGACUUGUCAUGUGUUCCUAUCACUUCCAGACACCCUAGUGUAUGUUCAUCAGGACUGAAACAAGCAGGCAAAGGAGAAUUACCAACUACCCCUUUUGUCCUAUUCAUUCUGAACCAGGGGAAAGCCAGACCUUAUGCAACAUGUUUGAGGUUUGUGGACAAUAGGUAAAACUCUGUACACUUUGUUCCCCAAAGUCCCAAGCCACAUUCAUAUUGUCUUAAGUAGCAAUAAACAAGCUGCCAGGUGCUGGAUUUAGAAUUUCAGGCCCCAGAGUCUAGCAUCUUGGUGCCCAAAGGGGUUCUGUCCAAGCACAGGUGAAAUUUUUCUCACUAAUGAACAAGGCCUUUGAACAUUAUGGAGCCACUAGUGAACAAGAAAUAAUGCAGGUGUAAAGACAUUCUGUCUCAUAUCUGCAUCUUGUGAGAUUCCAUUUUGCACCAGUGUGUGUGUUAGCAUAAAGCUGGAAGUACCUGUGUUAUCCCUGUUUGUGAGUGGUCCGAGAAUGUUCAAAGGCUUUGCUUCUCACCCCUUUCACCUCAGUGAGUUUGGUUACUGGGAAAGGCAAGAUGACACACAGGUUCCUUGUAGGAUGUAAUAAUUUUUUAUUUAGGUUCUUAACUUCAGAAAAUCAACAAAGUAAUUAAUGAUCAGUUUGAAGCUGGAAAUGUCAGGUAAGGUUGCAAGCUUUCUCAAAGCCCAUACAAUUGUAAAAUAAUCUUUUCUCACAACAGACCUUUUUCUUAUGAUAAACCUUUUUGUUCAAGUAAGCAUAGGGUGCAACUCUUGAUCAGGGACGAUUUACAAUAAAACUGCCUUAAAAGCCACUUCUGAAGCCUCUGUUUCCGAAACAAAGGGUUGAUCAAAAUCUGGAGCUUGCGAGACUUGAAUAAUCUGGCUUUUAAAGCAUAAAAAGUGUGCUGCUAACAUUCUUUGACUUACUGAAUCUUAACUUGCUGGUGUUUUGUUUGUUUUUACAUGCCAGUCAAAGGUGCAGCAAGGCUUCUGAAAAGAGGCAAGGUGCUAAUAACUGCCAAGCCCCUCAAAAGACUGUAGUCAUUUGUUGUUGCCAAAGGCUAAUUUCAUAUGGAUUCAAUUUUGAAAUGUAAAGUUUUAAUGCUACAUCCACUCACCUUUUGAAGAUAGGUAUCUUCUCCCUUAUCAAGCUGGCAUUUUGGGGUCUUGAUGUCAAAUCCUACUCUGGAUACAGUAUUCUGAAAUAGAAUGAUACUGUAAAAGCAUUCAAAUACAAAAAGCAAAGUGUACUAUUCCAUAUAACAGUAGCCAUUUAUUGCAAGGGGGGAUUGGGAAGUCCCACCAACUCUCAGCUUCUCUUAAAAGUUGGGGAAUUUGUUUAGCUCAAGGAAGCUUGUGAGAGACUGAGUAACUUGAGGAUUGUUUCCACCUGUGUAUACCAGUAUUAACUGAGGAGGACCAAGUUUGGGGUGAAUAAAAGAAGAUUUUAUUUACAAAUAUGAAAGAGUGCAACCAAACAUAUGAUAGUAAUUCAGACAGACAUAGCAUUCAGAGCUAACAUAAAUGGAAGUAUGGAAAUUGCAUAGCAGAGGCUUAGAGGUCCUGAAGAAAUGGCCACAGAAAGUGGGAUGUGGCUCAGACUAGGGUCUGAGGGUGACACAAUGAGUAGGAGGGUCUCCAGGCACACAGUACUUGGUAUGUUCUACUGUGUUCUCAGGGAGGUUAGGUUUGGGGACUAAUAUUUAUAUCAGAUCCUACCCUCAAGAGGUGCGCUAUCUUGUAAUGUAACAAAGACCUGAUGGUUUUCUCAUGUAAUCAACAAUGGGAUUCCAGAAUAGUUGAUGGUUUUAACUUAAGAGUUACAAAAAUAGCAAUUAGAUUUAAGACAACCCAGGACAGAUGGAUAGGGAAGUUGGCUGGAAACAUAGUAGGGGGUCAGGAGGAAGUGUUGACUUACUUGUCUUGAUGCAAUGAGACCUCCUUUGUCUCUUGGUGCAAGAGGAUAUGCAGAGAGCUUGGGGGAGGAAGGAGUGAUCACCCAUUUUAGUGUUACCAGGGUAAUUCCACAUAUCUUUGAGUCUCUGUGUUCCUCCUAUGGGAAAUUCACCUGUUCCAAAGGUCAUCAUAACCUCCUAAGAACAUGCCUAGACCCAGGUAUGAAAAUAUGAAUAUAUUGAGGUGUAUGCAAGGUGUGGAGGCAAAUUGGAAGGUGUUAGUGAUACCUUUCAAGUCAAAGGACAAAUCACUAAACUGGAGCAAACUCAGAUGGGUAACCAUUUCAAAUAUUAGGCCUGCACUUUCAUUCAGGGUCACCUGCCAAGCACCCUUCAUUAUACUUACAACUGGUAAUAAAGCUGCUCCAUCCCAGAUGCUCAGUCAAAUCAGAAGCAUCACUGGGAAGAUGCAGACCAUACCAGGUGACACCACUGCUCCCCAAGCAUUUACCUUAUAGGAGAAAUGGGCUGCUGCAUUUGCCUGCAUCCCUUUAGAAUGCUGGAGCUGAACAGAAGAGAUGGAGUGAGUGGAGCAAUUAAAAUACCUUUAAAAUAUUACAUCUUACCAAAUUUUUACUUUAACCAUAUGAAUCUAUGUACAUGAAAAUACAUUUAGGCUGUGCAUAUGAUACUGUAAUUUAA